AUGAGUCUAGAAUUUGUUCAAAUAUGUAUGCAAAUCAAAGAAACCCGGCGUGCUGGUUGGAUACGACGAGGUAUCAAGGAUGGAGAGUCAGUCGCUGACCACACCUUUGGGGUUUUGCUACUGAUCCUGCAGGCUACCGAAAACCUUCCUGCGGAAACCAGACUCAAGGCGUUGGAAAUGGCCAUCGCGCAUGACCUUCCUGAGGCCAUCAUAGGUGACUAUACCCCGGCGGAUCAUGUCAGCAAAGAGCGCAAAAGGACUGAAGAAGGCCUUGCCAUGGAUUUUCUACAAUGUCUAGCUCCUUCCCCUACUGAAACCCUCCGAGCUCGGCUGGCGGAGUAUAAUGAACAUCAGACUCCAAUUUCGAGACUUGUCCAUCAGGCUGACAAGCUUGAAUCCUUGAUUCAAGCUCUACGAUAUAGCAAGAUGUUUCCGGAGGCUCGAGACCUUGAAGAUUUCAAAGCUCACAUCAAAUACAUCGAAAAUCUAACUUUAGCUUCUAUUGGCAAGGGAGGCCUGGAACAAUGGGAUCUCUCUCGGCCAAAGGUCCAAUAUAUCUUUCUGAUUGGUGGUCCUGGGGUAGGCAAAGGCACACAAUGCAAGCGCCUGGCUCAGGAGUACACAGCCUGCUUUUCUCUUGGGGAACUUCUACGGCAGGAAGCAAACAACGAAAAGAGCCCAUUUCAAGCCUUCAUCAAGCGAAGCUUUGAGGAAAGUGUAUCUGUUCCUGGGGAACUAGCUAUGUGGAUCCUACGUGAUCACAUUGAGGCAGCAGCUAAUGCGGGCAAAUCCCUUGUCGUGCUUGAUGGCUUCCCACGGAGCUUGCAGCAGCUCAAGGCCUUCAUGACAGAGAUAUCACUCGAUUUCGGCACCGUUUACCUUAGCUGUCCAGUUGGGAUUUUGAGCGAACGUCUUGAAGCCAGGGCGCGAUUGUCCAAUCGACCGGAUGACCUAGACGCUAGGAUUCGGACUUUGAGGGUGCAAGAGUUUGAGGCGAGCAGUCUAGCUCUUUUGGCAGAGCUCAGACAUCAUCCAUUUCGAGAGAUUGAUGGGAGCCGUACGGAGGAUGAUAUUGCAAGUAACCUUAGGAUUUGCUUGCAGGAGUUACGUUCUGAAAUGAGGACGAAAAUUUAA